AUCAGGGUUUUCUAGGCUGCGAUACGAAUUUGCUGCCUGCUACUUCACAGUUAACUGAACCUGAGUCAGAACUAAGCCUCUGCGGCGGCCAGCAGACCUAGAGCCCAGGGCCAUGAAGGAUAGCGGGAAUCCGGAGAGAGCAGUAGAAGGGUGAAGUUUGUGUGAGUUAGAGUUGAGACCUGGACAUCGAGAGCAGAACAGAACAGGGACGGCAACUAAGCUCGAAAGAGCAUUGGCUGUGGGUGCAACGAAUGGAUCUUCCUCCACCCCAUUCUAGUAGCGUCAUGAUGUGCAACUGUAGCGUCACGAUAAGACUAGGGAAGAAGGAGGGCCUCAGCAGCCAAUCAGAAGGCUCGGUCGAAAGCUGGCUCUCCUCCCCUCCUCCUUCCUUUUCCUUCUCUCUGCUCCUAGAAAUGACCAGCAGAGGAGGACGAGGUGGAGGACCGCAGCCAGUGACCUAGGUUAUAAAUAUUAGAUUUGAUUGGGAUUAGAGCCCGCAGGCAUGUCCGCAGCUGCUGGGGCCCAAACCCCCGGCCCCAAGGGCUCUCCGCGUCAGCUCCUGGACCUCAGCUGCACGCUGUUGUUGCUGUUGCUGCCUUUGCUGCUGCUCACUUGGGGGCUCCUGCUCUGGCGCCAGAAGGGGUUGCCCCCCGGACCCCGGCCCUGGCCGCUGGUGGGGAACCUGGGUUUCGUGCUGCUGCCUGCGGCGCUCAAGCGGUGGAGCUCGUCGCUGCUCUCGCUGCUGCGCUGCUCCCCCAGGACUGGGGAGUCCCGAUUGUCCAGCCCGCAGGUAAUCCUGGCUCAAAUGGCUCGGCUCUAUGGCCCCAUCUUCAGCAUCUACCUGGGGCCGUAUCUGGUGGUGGUCCUCUGCGACUUCCCCAGCGUGCGCGAGGCACUGGUGCAGCAAGCCGAGGUCUUCAGCGACCGGCCACGGGUGCCUCUCAUCUCCAUGGUCACCAAGGAGAAGGGAAUUGUGUUUGCACAUUAUGGUCCAAUCUGGAGACAACAGAGAAAGUUCUCCCACUCAACACUUCGUCAUUUUGGUCUGGGGAAACUCAGCCUAGAGCCAAAAAUUAUAGAGGAGUUUAAAUAUGUGAAGGAGGAAAUGCAGAAACAUGGAGGAAACCCUUUCAGUCCUUUCCCCAUUAUUAGCAAUGCCAUCUCCAACAUCAUCUGUUCCAUGUGCUUUGGCCAGCGCUUUGAAUAUAACAACAGUAACUUUAAGAAAAUGCUUAACCUCAUGUCCAGAGGAUUAGAGAUUAGCAUAAACAACCAGAUUCUUCUAAUCAACAUAUGCUCUUGGCUGUAUUAUCUUCCUUUCGGGCUCUUCAAGGAAUUAAGACAAAUUGAAAAAGAUUUAACUGUUUUCCUGAAAGGAAUCAUCAAAGAACAUCGGGAGACCUUGGAUAUUGAAAAUCCCCAGGACUUCAUAGAUAUGUACCUUCUCCAUAUGGAAGAGGAGAUGAAGAAUAACAAUAAUAGUAGCUUCAAUGAGGACUACUUAUUUUAUAUCAUUGGAGAUCUUUUCAUUGCUGGCACUGAUACUACAACCAACUCUUUGCUAUGGUGCCUCUUAUACAUGGCAUUGAACCCUGAGGUACAAGAAAAGGUCCAUAAAGAAAUUGAAAAGGUCAUUGGUUCUGACAGAGCUCCAUCCCUUACUGACAAGGUCCACAUGCCCUACACAGAAGCCACCAUCAUGGAGAUACAGAGGAUGUCUGUGGUAGUCCCUUUUGGCAUUCCUCAUAUGACUUCAGAAAAAACCAUUCUCCAAGGAUACACAAUCCCUAAGGGCACUCUGAUUGUAGCCAACCUCUGGUCAGUACACAGAGACCCCGCCAUAUGGGAGAAACCUAACAACUUCUAUCCAGAGAGAUUUCUUGGUAAAGAAGGAGAACUUAUCAAAAAGGAAUACUUUAUCCCAUUUGGAAUUGGAAAGCGUGUAUGUAUGGGAGAACAAUUGGCAAAAAUGGAAUUAUUCCUGAUGUUUGUCAGCCUUAUGCAGACCUUCACCUUUACCUUACCUAAGGAUUCUGAGAAGCCCAUAAUGACUGGAAGAUUUGGCUUGACUUUAUCACCACACCCAUUUAAUGUAAUUGUAUCUAAAAGAUGAAGACCCAAGAAGAGAUGGUGGAAUAGAAUGCCAAUUUAAAAAAUGAAAUUCUUCUGAAAUUCUGGUUCUUCCUUCUACACUUAUAAGUAACCAUUCUUGAGGCUUAAAAAUUUCUUGUUCCAGUUCCCCGUUGGAAAGUGGAAGAAAAAAAAUGCAAGAAUGGGAACUUAGCUCUUAAAGAGAAUGCUUGAAUCCUAAUAGAGAUACCCCAAACGUGCUGUGAUCUCAUCAAUCCAAUCAUUCAUUUUUGUAAAUUUACUUAAGUAGAUAAUGGACAAAAUUCUGUACUGGGAAACAGAAAACACAAAUUUUAAUCCUGUUCAAGAUAAGUCAAUUCUUUUACCACCUUGUGCCUCAGUUUUCCCAUAUGUAAAAUGGGAAUAACAAUUUCUAAUGUAUAAAGAUUAAGAAUUUGUUGUUCUUGUUGAAAUGAACUUUUAUGAAAGCAUAAUGAGCUUCUUGAAUUGAAGAUAGACUAACUUGACUAUUGCUUGGUUAUGACAGGUAACAAAAUAUGGAAGUGUUAGCCAAACGAAUAUUUUAAAAUAAAAUAAAACUUUUUAGUCUUAGG